GACCUGCUGUGCCCAUGAGACGAUCACGAUCACGCUCUCCUUCUGCGUCUAGCAUGUCCAGCUCUUGCUCUAGCAGUUCGCAUUCGACCCAGAGCAGUCGCAGUAGCGGAUCUCGUGGGCGUAGACGCCGAAGUUCACGUCGGCAUGGCUGUAGGAGAUCCGGGUCCAGGUCUUGGUCAUCCAGCUGGUCCCGAUCACAGCCCCGUCCACGUUGCCACAGGGUUGUAUCCCGCUCCCCCUGCAGCAGGCGGUACCAUCGGUCUCCUCCCCGCCGGUAUCGGGCACACUCGCGCUCUUACAGCCGCUCCCCAUCACCCAGAUGGCACCGAAGGAGGUGCAUGACUCGCUCAAGAUCACGAUCCCGGUCUCGCUCCAGGUCCGCUGGCCACAGGCUCUAUGGGUUUGUGGGCAGGACCAGGUUCAUCUCCUCUACUUAUGGGAGCGCCAGAAGCCGGGCGAGAUCACCCAUUGGUGCCAACAUCCACCUGAGCUUAGAUGGUAUGAUCAGCAGAGGAAAAUGCUAAAUGGCACAGUGAACUGUCACAGUUCUGCAGCUGAAUCAACAAAAGAGCAGAUGUUCAUUGCUUGUUUCUUCGUGCGCAUAGAUAAGAGGGAGCUCCUCAAGAUUGCCCAGGCCAAUGCAGCCAAGGCCCUGGGGGUGGAGACGCUGGAACUACCUGCUAGUGUAAAAUCCAUCCUGGGUGAACCAGUGGAGUCCUCACACCUGCAGAGGUUUAAUUCAGAGGGGUCUGUCUUAAGGAGGCAGAUUGAGCAGAAUAAAGUAAGAGAAGUCGAAGAGGAUGUUCCCAGCCCCAAGACAUCACCAAAGAACAAAGUCAUCACUUUCAGUAUUCAUAACUCGGUGGCCAAGCCGACCACAUCCAAAGCCUCCCACGGUCCAGAGAGCCCAGCAAGCACCAGCGAGGACAGUGUGACUGGGGGCAGCCCUUAUGGUCAAUGGGUCCCGAUCAAAGCACAGUCAUUUCCUCUGCCCGCUCACAAACAGUCGCCCUACAAGACACGGUAGCCCAGCGGGGGACACAUGGACUGCUUGUACAUACUGUAUCAUAUUCUUGUACAGUGAUGACACCAUUAUCUGUUUAUACUAUUUCAAUGUUAGUUUUCUUUCAGAUGUAAAGUGAGAUAGUUGGAGGAAGACGGCGAUUUCACACAGGUGGGAUUUCAUUAGUAGAUUUAUGGUUCUUGUGUAAUUGUUCCUUCUGCUCAAGUUUCAAUAAAGAUGUUUAUGUGAAA